CGACUUGCUGGGCAUCCUGUCGUCUCCUUGCGGACUCAGGGAUGAGGGCGGCUGGCGGGUGCCUGCUUUGGCUUCAUCGGUCGGGCUGGUGGCGGCUCGUAAGGAGCCAGAGUCAUCUCAGGCAGACCGAAACGCACGAAGGGCAGCAUCAGAGGCUGCCGAGCCAGUGGCGCAGCGGGACCCAUCGUCGUCCUCCUCGCCAAAGGCCACACGCCACUUGGCCUCGCGCAGGAUGACAGGGGGGGCACUUGCUCACCUCGUCUGAUCGACACGAGGGGCACGGGAGUGAGAAGCUUGUUUGUGUGCUGUGUUCGUUUCCCCAUCCCUGUGUCGUGCGUACCGUCUUCGCUCUCGUCAGCGCUUUCGUCGCCCUCGUUGGUGGCGUCCUUCUUGCUACCCCACACAAACGCUGCAUACACAGACCGGCACCCAUCAGAUCGUCCUUGUCCCGUCUCGCCCUCCCUCCCACAUGUGCCUUACGUGUCCGUCUGCUUGAAUUCUCGUCAUCGCUACCCCUGAUCUCGAUACGCAU